GCUUGCUUCUACCCUACCGAACGCAACACACACACAUUACACAAGGAUAACGUAAUGUAUCGUAAAAUUUUUCUCAAAAGUCUGAAAAUCUUUGGGAAAUUUUGCAAUUACGGUGAUUUUAAUUACUGUACAUCGUAAUCAAAUGUAUAGUUGACAAGUGAUUGUACAAAUUUAGCUAUUGACUCAUAAUGAAAAUGGACUAAAAACAUAACUAAAGAAUCGUAAUCAUGAUGGAUUUUCCGAAGCCGCCGCAAGAUAUAGAAUUAAAAAACAUUAUCGACAAAUUGGCUCAAUUUGUUGCUCGCAAUGGGCCAGAUUUUGAAGACAUGACUAAAAAUAAACAAAAAGGAAAUCCAAAAUUUGAUUUUUUAUUUGGAGGCGAACAUUACCAUUAUUAUAGGUAUAAAGUAAAUAGUGAACAGGCAUUUAUGAACGCGGAAAUGAAUAUGCACAACGCCAACCCUGCAACUAUAAAUAUUCCAUCGCCUUGGUUGAAUCCACCGCCACCUAAUAAUAUACAAACUGAUUCGUUGACCGCGCAGCAGGUUGCUCUAAAUGACCAGAUUCGUGAGAGUGAGACCAAUUUGAAUGCUCAACACGAAGUUAUGUUACAACAACAACAAAUCCAAAUCGAAGAAGCCAUAAAUAAAGUGAUAGAUAACGAUUUGAGAAAAGAAGCUGUCGAUUGUGGUAUCGAUUUCAAUGAGUUUGAUAACGUUCUGCAACCUAUUAUCGAUACCUGUACUAAAGACGCGAUUUCCGCCGGCAAGUCGUGGAUUAUACAAAGAGCGACAGCACCUACUCCGAAUGCUGUUAUUGCCAAUUAUUUACUUAAAAAAGUUUUAGAUUCAAACGCCACGUUUAACAAACGACUGCAUAUUAUUUAUUUACUGAACGAUACGCUACAUCAUUGUUUACGAAGGAACGCCGACGAGCUACGUAAAUCUUUGGAAGAUGUGGUUGUUCCGAUGUUCUGCACAGCAGCUUCAAACGUUAACGACGAUCAACAGCAGAAAUUGCAAAAGUUAUUAAAUUUAUGGGAAAAUAAAAAUCAUUACUUCAGCAAGGAAGUUAUAGAAAAAUUGAAAAAACCUAUCGAAUCUAUAGCCGAGUAUAAGGCUGAAUUAUUGGAUAAUAAUCCCGAUAUCGUCGAACAAAUUACCAGUUCCAAUAAAAGCACCUAUCAGCAUUACCAGUCUCAGCAUCAAGCUUUCGUUAGUCACGCAUUGCAACAAAUCCAGAGUUUGGAAAAACAAAAACAAGUCAUCGAACAGCAAAAACACCAAAUCGUCCAAUCACUUCCGCCUCAUCUACCGCCAGCCGGUAAAGAUCCUCGAUUACUGAAAUAUUCUAAUACCGCGUUAUCUGACGAACCCUCAUCACCUAACUCCUUAUUUCCAGUCUCCAUGCAACCGCUACCGCUGAACAAUGUUCCGCAGACGCCGGAAGAUCGAAAAUCUCACAUGAUUUCACCUCAAACUCCACAUUCACAUCCACCUCCUCUUAUGCAUAAUUUUGAUCCGCGACAGCACAAUCGAGGACCACCUCCUAAUGACAUUCGUUCCGAUCCACCUCUCUCCGAACGUCUGGCACAUAUAAUGCAAAAUCAAGUCAACCACGAUCCUAGACUUCAGCCAGGUUCCCAGUUCCGUAAUCAGAACAAAGAUCAGGAUAGAUUUCAUCAAAAUAUCGUACCGAAUACGCAAGAGCCUCCGCCGGCGCCGAGUUUCAAACCAGAACCUCCUCCUCCUCUCAGGCAGGAUGUCGGCGGCUCCGGUCGUGGUAGCAGUGAUAAUGGUACGGACGCUUUUAAUCAUCACGUUAAUAAUACGAACAACUUCCAAGAUAUACCAGCUGAGGUGCCGAAUUCGCAACUACCGUUCAAUCAACCUCCACCGUCAGUAUUCCCAGGGCCUCCUUCGGCGCCUCCGUCGAAUCCACCUCCUCUGGCAUUUCCGCCUCGUAAGUCCGCCGAUGUUGCUUUGCCGGAUUUGAGCCGACCGCCUCCUAAUUUUAAUAAUACCAAUAGUACAUCUUCGAUUCCACCUUUGAUGAGUUUACCACCUCCUGAUUUCCUACCUGACGAUUUGUUGCCUUCGUUGCCGUAUUACGAUCUACCUGCCGGAUUAAUGGUACCUCUGGUCAAGUUGGAAGACUCGGGAUAUAAACCGUUGAAUCCAGAAGACAUCAGGUUACCUCCUCCGGCACCUCCCUCGGAAAGAUUACUAGCGGCAGUUAAAGCCUUUUAUACACCACCUGGACACGAUAGACCACGCGACAGUGAAGGAUGGGAGAAAUUAGGACUGUACGAGUACUAUCGCGCCAAAAGUAUAGCUAAACAACAAAAGCAGGAAGAUAUCGCUUCGGGUAGACGUCUCAGAUCGAAAUCUCCGUCUCCGAUUGUUCGACCCAAGUCAAGAAGUAGAUCUCCGGUUGUGAAUAGAAAACGUUACAGAAGUCGCAGUCGAUCAAGAUCAAAAGAACGAAGAUCGAGAAGUCCGCCUCCGACUCGCAACAAGACUACGAAUAAUAGAAGAUCACCUCCAAGCAGAAGAAGUAAUCGAGAUAGGCGAAGAGACCGGUCCAGAUCGAGAUCAAGAUCUAGGUCUAGGUCUAGGUCUAGGUCGAGAUCGAGAUCAACGUCACCAAUUAUGCAUCAGGAUAUUCAGCGGAGUCCAACGCCACCAUCUUUUCUCAAUUCAUCUUACAGUAAAGUAAACGAUAAAUUGGACGAGUCAAACAAAGGACACCAAUUGUUACGUAAAAUGGGCUGGGGAGGAGCCGGACUGGGCGCUAAAGAACAAGGAAUUGAAGCACCGAUCAGCGCUGGGGAGGUUCGCGAUAGAACAGAUCAGUAUAAAGGUGUAGGUAUUAAUUUGAGCGAUCCAUACGAGAAUUUCAGAAAAAGUAAAGGACAAGCGUUUAUUACACGGAUGAAAGAGCGAGCCGAAGAACGUUUAGCAAAUAAUGGCUAGAUUAACGGUAUGAUGUACCUACUACCUAACUACAACUACGUACGUGUAUUUUGCUCGUAGUCGUGUGUACUGUCGUUAUGAAUAAUCGUAUUGUGAUCGAUAGUCGUUAGCGUUUGAUCGAGCCGAGAAGCGUCAUGCGACGCGGGAAUUUGUCGAUUUAAUAUCUGUGAUAACGUAGAAUUUUCUUCGUCUUCGGAUGCCGAAAAAUUCUACAAAAUUUCCCUAUAAUUGACAAAUUUCCUACCUUUUUUCUUCUCUCUUGUAGAUAAUUUUAAUACUGUUGUAGGUAUCGGCUUCUUUAUGAAUAAUCGUACCUUUCGGAUACAUUUUUCUUUUCGUUUAUUUUUUCGAACGAUUUUAAUGAUCUAACUUAUUAUUUCAAUUCUCUGCCAGUUACGAAAAGAAAGUUUAUAUCUAAGAUUAGAUGUACCUAGACUUACUAGUACGUUUAAGUUUUAUUAUGCGCUCAGGUAUGCGUAGAGUUGAACUUUUGUACAAAUGAAGCAUUUUAAUGAAUAAUAAGCUCUCGCGGUAAAGAGUUGGUUCAAGUUUUUAAAAAAACAAAACCACGUUUUUAUACCCUCGUUUUUAUUUCAUUUUUCUUUGUGUUUAAUAAUUUAUUGAAUGUGUAAGUAAUCGAAUGAUUGCUCAAAAAGGUGUGCGAAGCAACGACGACAAUGUACGUAUUAAGUUAAGAAUCGUAUUGUGAAAGUGUACCUGUACACGAAAUCUUAUUGUAACAUUCUUUCAUUGUAAGUUUGUUCAUUAGAACGAUUAAUUUAUUAAAAAAACAAAGAUUGUUUA